CGGGUUUCUUUAUCAGGAAGCAAGGAACAUCUCUGAAUCGGGCCGGAUCAUUUUCAGUUCAAAACGACCGGUCUGGCUUCAGAUCCUCUGUUGAGAAAGGAGCGCAGAAGAACACUGUUGAAGACUGAAGAAAGAACAGAGAGAGAGAGCAUGGCUCUAUCAGCGCGGCAGAGACGGCCACUUCCGUCGGAAGCUUCGUCGUCUUCGUCGCCGUCGCCGGCGUCGUACACGAAGCUCGACAAGCCGAAGAGAUCAGACGGCGGAGAAGAGGCGGACAAGGGACUGACGUGGGCGUUACCGCUGUUCGCCCUAGGAGUGCUUCGGUACAUGAGCGCCACUUCGAACAUCAUACACGACUGCGACGAGGUGUUCAAUUACUGGGAGCCUCUUCACUUUCUCCUCUUCAAAUCUGGCUUUCAGACUUGGGAAUACAGCUCCCAAUUUGCAUUACGCUCAUACUUGUACCUUCUUUUGCACAAAGUUGUGGGUGAACCAGCUUCCUGGUUGUUUAGUGAGGAGAAAGUGAGAGUGUUUUAUGCUGUAAGAAUCUUUCUUGGGCUCCUCUCUGUUAUCACGGAGGCCGCACUGGUUGUAGCACUUUCCAGGAAAUAUGGGAAACGCCUUGCUUCUUACGCACUUGCGAUGCUAUGCUUAACUAGCGGUUGUUUUUUUGCUAGUACAAGUUUCUUGCCAAGUUCAUUCUCAAUGUAUGCCAUGUCUCUCUCGUCUGCAUUGUUUCUUUUUGAGAAACCUGCCAUGGCAGUUGCAGUUGCAGCCAUUGGGGUUAUUCUUGGCUGGCCAUUCUCAGUUUUGGCUUUUCUGCCAAUAACGAUUUACUCAUUGAUAAGAAAGUUCAAACAGUCAUUUCUUGCGGGUGCAAUCACGUCAAUUGUGCUUCUGGCACUCUCAUUACUUGUUGACUGCACCUAUUACAGAAGAUGGACGUCCUCUGCUCUGAAUCUGUUGUUAUAUAAUGUAUUAGGGGGUGGUGAGAGCCAUUUGUAUGGAACUGAAGGUCCAUUAUAUUACUUGAAGAAUGGAUUUAAUAAUUUCAACUUCUGCUUCAUUCUUGCACUGUUGUUCGUUGGAGUCCUGCCCAUUGCAAGGAAGAAGUAUGCUCCAGACUUGUUUCUUGUUGUCUCUCCUAUCUAUAUUUGGCUGGCAUUUAUGUCUUUGCAGCCUCACAAAGAGGAAAGAUUCCUUUAUCCAAUAUACCCACUUAUUUGUGUAGCAGCUGCUGCUGUCAUUGAGAGCUUUCCUGAUUUUUUCCGAGACAAGUAUAACCCCAAUCAUAAUUCACUGCUUAUUUCGAUUGCACAAACUCUGAGACCUCUGGUUCUUGGCCUUAUUUUGUGCGUCUCCCAUGCUCGAACAUUCUCCCUCAUUCAUGGUUAUUCUGCUCCAUUGGAGAUAUACAAACAUUUGGAUUACCAUGAUCAUCUAGGAACGGGUUCUGUAGUUUGUGUUGGAAGUGAAUGGCAUCGCUUCCCAUCAUCCUUCUUUAUCCCGGAUCAUGUGGGUCAAGUUCGAUGGAUAGAUGAUGGGUUCAGUGGUCUACUUCCAUUCCCAUUUAAUUCUACCUUGGGCGGAACUUCAGCUGCACCACCAUACUUUAACAAUAAGAACAAGGCAUCUGAUGAGCAAUAUCUCCAGGAUCUGGAAAAGUGUACUUUCCUCGUCGAAUUGCACCUUCAACGACCAUAUCCUUAUAGAGGAAGUGAUUUGUCAACAUGGGAGGUUGUUGCAGCAUUACCGUAUCUGGACAGGGAGCUUUCACCUCCCAUGUAUCGGUCAUUCUUUAUACCGUACCUUUGGCAGGGGAAGAAUGUUUUUGGCAUCUACAAACUACUUAAGAGAAUUCCAAAAUGAGAAUAUGCAGAAGUAGCUUUUCUGUUGUUUCGAAAGUGUUCAGGCUGUAAUUUGAACUGUUAAUGAUGUGCAAGAGUCAUAUGGUGAUGUAGGUCCAAUCGGAUGCCAAGCCAGCUAUCCUUUUUAGUUUUUCAGAUCUGGUUUCCUCUUCGAAUGUUUUGGCAUUGUAGAAGAGUCAUAUGGUGACAGGAGCUGCCGGCUGAAAUUAGAAUGAUUUUUGUUGAUCAAUUUUGUCCUUUGUAUGGCACGAAACUAACUUCACUAAUUUGUCGACUUUCUGGGAUUGUAAA